AUGUCGUUCUUGAGAGAUAUAUAUGAAAGCAUCAUCCCAACUGCUUAUGCUGAUGAGCCAGCUGACGAGACUGAAGAUGAAGUUGCCGAUGACGAAGCUCCAGUUGAAACACCAGAAGACGCACCAGAGGAAGAACCAAAAGAAGAAGAAGUAGAAGAUGGUGACGAAGAUGAGGACGACGAAGACGAGGAUGACGAGGAUGAAGAGGAAAACGAAGACCCAUUGGACAAGUUGAAAGAAGAGUGUGCCAAGACUGCUGCUUGUAAACCAUUUGAUCAUCAUUUCCAUGAAUGUAUAGAAAGGGUUACUAAAGAACAAGAAGAGCCAGAUUAUGAACACAAACAUUACAAGGAAGAUUGCGUUGAGGAGUUUUUCCACUUGCAACACUGUAUCAAUGAUUGUGUAGCACCUCGUAUAUUCAACAAGUUGAAGUAA